AUGUUGGUGAGCGUUUUUUUUGGCUUGAAGGGGGUGCUGGAUUCUCUGACAAUAGAGGCGCUACUUCCUCUUUUUCGUGAACUGAAUUACGAUGGUGUGGCUUAUCAGCGCACGCUGGCGAUGGCGCUGACUCCGUACGCUCUAAAGGGCUUCAUUGGCAGCAUUAGCGACUACUUCCCCAUAGGGGGGUAUCACAAAAAAUACUACAUGAUGGGCUCUAACCUCGUUGGCCUGGGCUGCGCAGUGGCUUUGGUGGCUCUCCCAGCGAGCAUUAAGAGCAGCAGCAUCAUGUAUGUGGGGCUGUUAUACUGCGGCAUUCAUCUGCACAUAUCAACGGCAGAUUUGCUGUGCGAAGGGGUCUACUGCAAGGUGGUGCAGGCGCACCCAGCUGUCGGGGCGAAGCUCGUUGCCUUUCUCUCCUUCUGCAACUCCACAGGACAUUUGGUGGGAAAGACACUAGUCGGCCCCAUCAGCGAUGCUUUCGGUACAGCGCCUCUUCUGUACAUGACGGUGCCGCUGGUGCUGCAGACGCUGGCUCCGAUUUCGUUCAACUUUCUCGGGGAGACGAAGGGUGGGGUUAGAGAGGCGGGUGGAGCGUUCACGCGAGACAAAAGCCACCGCGGUGUAUUUACAGUGGCUGUUCUGACUUCUAUCAGCGCAUGCAUCGCGCUCGUGCUGACACUGCAGACGUGGAGGGGCUGGGCAGUGGUGUUUACUGUCUUCGUUGUGCUGCUGCUAGGAGGCGCCUCCUGCUACCUGCUGUCGCGGCGUCUCGCGUUGUGCGCAAUGUUUUUCUUUGCCGAUCGGGUGCUGCAUUUGACGAUAUCGGGGGCAGUGAACUUUUAUUAUAUUGCGCCUCCCUCUUGUGUACCCGACGGGCCGAACUUCGACUACACGUACUUCUGUACGUACACCGCACUGGUGGGGGCGAUAGGCUGCUGGGCUGGCAUCUACGCCUUUCAGAAAUGGUUUAAGGGCUGGAGUGCGCGCACUAUCUUCUGGCUGACGAACACAGUGCGUAUUCUCGCGGCUUUAUUUGACUAUGUGAUCGUGCGGCGGCUGAACAUCCGCAUUGGUAUCCCAGACAAGGUCAUGUUUAUGUUGGGCGAUGCAAUAGUUUAUCACUUGCUACUUACGCUGUCGUGCAUGACGAGUUCUCUGACGGUAGCGCGCAGCUGCCCCCCUAAACUCGAAUCGACGGUGUACGCAAUCGUUUCAGGGGUAACAAACCUGGGCAGCACCUGCAGCAAGAUGCUGGGUGCUGUAGCGAUUGAAAUCGCUGGUAUUCAGAUGAAGGAAACGGCGCCGGGGGGCUGCGACUUCCACACGCUUCCCAACUUGAUUCUCGUCUCGCAGUGUCUUCUCCCUUGUGCAUGCAUUCCGCUCGCCUACUUCAUGCUGCCCAAGGAGGCCCUCAACUCGGCCGUGCCGCCGCACCAGCGGAGACGCAGCAAGACAGCUUCUAAAGGCAGCAGCAAUGACCAAAGCAAAACCCCUUGCAACCCACCUCAAGGCAGCCCCACAGCAGAACCUCCCUGUGAUGCAGCCUCGGAAACGCUGGCGCUGCAGGAGUCUGUAGGAGGCGACAAGGAGGAAGUGGCGGUGGUGGCUGGAGACGCGGGGUCAAGGCCUCGCAUUGUUGAGGUCUGA